UUUCAAACCACGUGGCAUCAGAUAGAAAAAAACACUGGGUACGACUUUUGGAAAAAUCAAAAUGGCGACAAAAAAAAACUGAACAAGAGCACAAGAAAAAAACUGAACAAGAGCACAAGAAAAAAACUGAACACUGAGCGGCAGGAUAAGAUGAUUUCAGCAAAACCCAAAAUGGCGAAUGACCGGCAGGUUGAGAGCAUUUUGAAAACCUCCAUGCAUCCUUACUUGGAAAGUUUCUACGAUUGGGUUCUAAUGCCAACGCAAUUAAAAGUAGCCUUUUGUUGGUUUGUUGUACUAACAGGUUCAUUCAUCCACGAUUUUUUACCCCUUCCUCAGUGCUAUUUCUCGAACAAGGAAAAUAUCUUCAACGUGUAUUUUGUCAAGUUUGGCUGGGGCUGGACACAGCUUCUUUUGAUUCCCUUCAUAUCCUUAACAUCGUCCGUACACGUAUGCCACAUGCUGAGGCAUCUUAGUAGGAUGGCCGUUGCUACAUGUGGAUGGUAUUUCUGGGUGAAUUUGUUUGUUUACAUCGAGGAGAAAACCGGCUAUUGCGAGGGAGAAGAAACGCUGAUUUCAAAGAGGAGCUGCUAUCAAGAGGGAUUUUACUGGAAUGGUUUUGAUAUAUCGGGACACUGUUUCCUUCUAAUUUACAGUGUACUGGUUAUCAAAGAAGAACUACCGCCGAAAAUUUAUUGGUCGUCAAGAAUAUCAACUUUUGAACAAACAAGCCCUGAAGAUAUUAAUGCAUUUCAACACAAGAACAUUGCUCUAGUAACCCCCUUUGUAGAAGUUCUUUCCUUCUUUGCCGGUCUCCUGUCAAUCCUGUGGGAGUUUAUGCUUGUGUGUUCCACCAUAUAUUUUCACACAGUUUAUCAGAAAGUUCUUGGAGCUCUUAUAGCGAUGUUUACCUGGUAUAUCACCUACAGAGUCUGGUAUCAUCAUGACCUGUCCCCAGGACGGCCAUGGGUCCGUAAGAGGUAGAGUGAAUGGCUGAAGUUUAAAAUCACUGUUCUGUGAAUUUAUCACUAAAAGGAGGUUUACAAUAUCACAACCAAAGUAAAAUUUGAGUCAUAUGUUAAGUUUGAGUCAACUCUAAUUUUUCCCUUUUAUCAGUUAAUACGAUUGACAAUAUGUUAUUAUUGUAUAUGUUAUAGUUCAAUUUUAUACUUGGUUCAAAUUUUAUUUUCCUUUGUUCUCG